UCGAAGCUCAGUUUGUUUAUAAACUUUGUGCUGUGCGGACGUCAGCGCAUCUUUUUCUCGCAUUCUCAUUCACAUUCUUAUUUGUCGUCUUCGCUGUCUGUUCGUCAACGUCGCGCGUUUACUGCUGCUGGCUCAACCCAGCCAACUCCGUUGUGCUCCCCUCUACCCUUGGAGCUACGCACGUUUUGCCGCCUACGCCGAAGCAAGGCGCGCACGACAAGUGAAGCGCACAGGUUAUACAUACAUAUAUGUAUGCGUAUGAAUAAGAACGUGUGUGUGCGUGUUAUGAGUGUUAUGCCUCUAGUUGUAUUUGUGUAUCGUGUUUGCCGUGUGUCGCGUUGAUUUCUUUUGUUUGCUGGCCAAUUGUUGGGCUUAAUUAAUUGCAAGUAGCAUAUGGCUUAACAGAAGCCGUAGCAGUAACAGCCACAGUCACAGCAACAACAACAACAUUAACUUUAACGAGUGUAUUUCGCAACCACUGGAAAAGUAUUGAAAAAAAGUGCUUACUUCUCACUCAACCAAUACCAACAUAUGUACAAGCAAGAAGAAGCAAGCAUUCGAAGUACCACCAAAGACAACAAAAAAACCAGUUUUGUCAACGCUGCAAGCAGCGCAGUCGCAGCGGCCACUGAGCAAACUUUUUGACUGCAAAGACAAUUCAAGGAACGAAAAGAGCUCCAUCAACACAACGUUUACUUAAGCCAUAUCUCGUGACGCAGUCAAAGUCGGAGCAAGAGCCGAAGCCGGAGCCGGAGAGGGAGCAACAGUGAAAUGGCCAACGAACCACAGCUGCAGCCACAGAUGCUGCUGGUGGCUUUGCUAGCCAUUAGCGCAGCACUGUCGCUGAGCAACGCGGAAAGUUCAUCCAGCUGUGGACCCUACUUCCCAGCGGCAUGCGCCUGUGGCAAGGAGAUGUACGAGGGAACGAUUCAAUAUAUCGUAAACUGCACAAACGCGGGAUUGAAUAACACCAGUGUGCUGGAGCAUAUGCCCGAGCAGGUGGAGAUACUCAUAUUCACCGGCAACUACAUCACCGAGCUGCCGUGGAAUGUCUUUGGCAGCAUCAAUGACUACAAGCAGCUGAAGAUUGUCGACAUGAGCAGCAAUCACAUACGCGAGAUACGCGGCAAGAGCUAUCAUCAUGUGCCGCGUGUGGAGCGUCUCAUUUUGAACCACAACAAUCUGAGCAUCUCGCGCAACGACGAUGAGGUCAAUCAUCAUCAUCCGCGUGUCUUCUCCAACUUUGGCAAUCUGCAGAGUUUGCAUUUGACCGACGCCUUCGAGGAUCACAGUUCACCGCAGCUGAGCGAGGAUCUACACGAUAUCUUCGUCAACAGCCAGUUGGUGAAGCUGCAGAAGUUGCAUCUGGAGCAGAACGAGAUUACACACUUCAAGGAUCGUAAUGUGUUUUGCGAUUUGCCAGCGCUGCGCGAUUUGCACUUGGGCGACAAUCUGCUCAAGGACAUCAACUUUGAGGUGCGUUGCUUGAACAAUUUGCGCUUCCUCGAUCUGGAGCGAAACAAGUUCGAGUUUGUGAAGCCCAGUGACAUGCGUGUACUCAACCAUCUGCAGGAGCGUGAGAAUCGUACCGUUGACUUGAUCGUGGACUUCAAUCUUAAUCCUUUCGUAUGCGACUGUAAGAUCUCAUCGUUCCGCACGUGGUUGCAGGCCACACGCGUUACGGUGCGUAACCAAGAGAGUCUGAUGUGCUUCCAUGGCAUUCAGCACGUUGAUCCGGCGCCGGCGCACAUCCUCCAACUGGAUAUGGGAGAGUGUUCAUCCGAGAUGGCGGCAGCUGCCUCGUUCCUCAAUAUUGCUGAAGAUGAGCAGCUUUACGGACAGCUGCAACCACACAUUAGUGGACACACUGCCACUCUGAUCUUUCUACUGAUCGUGCUCACCAUGAUCCUGCUGGGAUUGCUGGUGGCUCUCGUCUACGUUAGUCGCGACAAAUUGAAGUAUAUGAUGACGCCGGUGUUUGAUAAUGUGGCCAAGAAAGUGCAGUACACAUCAAUUAAGGACGAAGACUGCCCGGAGGUGCAUGUUUAAGCAAUUGCAUUUUACUUGCACUAUGUCCAAUCUUAACGAGUACCACGUCCAUAUAACGAACAAAGGGAAGAAGCAGCUACACAGCUAAAUGCAGUUUCGUUUUUGCCAUUCGCAUAGCGCAAAAUGUGUGCCAUUCACAGGGAACGAAGAGGAUAUGGAGAAAUGGAGGGAAAGCAACAAGCGCAUAUCAUUUGAUGAAUCGUUUCCGUUAAAUCUACUUACAGACACACACACGCUCACACCCCAACACACACACAUACACUUAAACACUCACAAACGUAUUGUUUGAUAGUAUAUAAGAGAAAUUGUUGCAUUUAAGGUAAUAAAACACACACACACACACAAAUGUGGCAAAGUUGAUUACAAGCGAACAAACAAAUUCAGCAAUAAUGUUAGCGAUUUUCUAAGUAGCAUUAAGUCAGUCUUGUUGUACGUUCUAUGAUUUCGAAAAAAGACCCAAUUGCAUACAUACAUAUACGCAUAUAAAGCAUACUUACAUACAUAUAUAUUGUAACAAACACGUUAGUGUUAUCUGUGAUUUAAGUUUAGUAGCUUUACUUUGUUAAAACUCUGCAAAACAAAAACAAACAAACGAAAAAUUAAAAGAAAAACAAAACAAGCAAAAAAAAUAUGAAUGCAUAAAAAAAACUUCAACCUUUAUAACAUAUGACGUACUUACUUACUUACAUCCAGCAUACAUUUGCGUUGAGAUACUUAAAAAUGUUAUUAAUCAUUUGUCAAUUGUACUACUUACAUGAUUUCAUUUUAAUUUUAUGUAAUUAACACACAGUUUUUAUAAAUAAAACCCCAAAAAUGG